GGGCUGUUAGAAUUGCUGUUGCUCUGCGUGCAGGGAGAAUGUAGGCGGAGGUUUUAUUUUUCAACUCGGGCAUGGACAGUAAGCGUCAUGCCAAGAGUUGUCUGGAUUCCUGAAAAGGAGCUGCUUUAUGCACCCCUUUUUCUGACCUUACUGAUUCCGUUUAGAUUAGUCAGCCCUCAUUACCCUUUUGACAGCCAUGUUCUCCAUGCAUGUAUUUCUUAGCUUUUCCUAAAAUGUGUGUUUCUGCUGGACUCCUGGUUGAGAUCUCCUUCUGAACCAAAACACAGGUGACAUUCAAAUUAUUGAGGCAAUGAUAGUGAAACAAAACCCACCCAGAGUCCUUUCUACAGGUGGUCAUCCGGCGGCUUCCUCCCAGCCUCACCAAGGAGCAGCUGGAAGAGCAGCUACACCCACUGCCGGCACAUGAUUACUUUGAGUUCUUUACUGCCGAUUUCAGUCUUUAUCCUCAUCUCUACUCAAGAGCAUACAUUAAUUUUAGAAAUCCUGAUGACAUCCUUCUUUUUAGAGAUCGUUUUGAUGGAUAUAUCUUCAUUGACAGUAAAGGCCUAGAAUAUCCUGCAGUGGUAGAGUUUGCCCCAUUCCAGAAGAUAGCCAAAAAGAAGCUAAAGAAAAAAGAUGCCAAAACCGGAAGCAUUGAAGAUGAUCCGGAAUACAAGAAGUUUUUGGAAACUUACUGUGUGGAGGAAGAGAAAACGAAUGCCAAUCCUGAAACUCUUCUGGGAGACAUGGAGGCAAAGACAAGAGAGCUUAUUGACAAUUUAUACACAUGCUUUUCCACGUCUUCAGAGGAUUCGAGAAGAGAAGCGAGAAGAGCGAAGGAGGAGGGAGCUGGAGAAGAAGCGCUUACGGGAAGAAGAAAAGAGAAAAAAGAGAGACGAGGAGAGGUGUAAGAGAAAAGAAGCAGACAAACAGAAGAGAACAGCAGAGAGAGAAGUAAGGAUUAAGCUUCUUAAGAAACCAGAAAAGGGAGAGGAACCAACCACUGAGAAGCCAAAAGAAAGAGGAGAGGAAAUGGAUACUAGAGAUGGAGAACAGGAGUCCUGUCCUGGCUGUGCUGUCCGAAAGCCCAUGCCCUUGGGGAGCUCGCUGGAGGAGCCCAGGGAAAAGUCACAGAAUGAGAGCAAUGAAGAGCAAAGGGAGUUGGACCGAAGAUUCAGAGAAAAAGACCCUGAAACACAAAGAUGCCACUUGGAUGACAGUAGAAAGCAGAGAGCUCACUGUGAGUUUGACACGUUUUCGCGGAGAAAUGAGGAGGAGCUGAGAUGGGGGAAAGGAGGCCCCCCCGACAGAGGGAAGAAGGGGAGCCAGGACAGUGGCAACGCUGUGGAGGCAGCAGAGCGGCCCGGGAAAGAGCAGAGGAGUGAAGGUGGCCCAGCAGCCAAAACGGAGCGCCCAGGAAACAAGGAUCGGCCGGCCUUGCAGCUGUACCAGCCAAGAGUUCGAAUCCGAGCACGAGAAGGUGGUAGGGGAACCUCUGUGGAGUGCCCUGGCAGGAACAAGGACGAGGCUGAAGAUUCAGCACAGGGGGGUUCCCAGAAGAGCGAAGAGGCAGGGUUUUUGAGAGCUGCCCAAUGUCAUCCAAAUCAAGAAAAGAGAAGAUCUGUAGCAUUAUGUUGUCAGGCAUGUGAAUUAACAAAUCAAAUUUUCCAUGACGCAGAUUCAAAGAAUAAUCCAAUGAUACUUCUUUCCCAAACACAUUGUGCAUCUGCCCUAAACAUCAGUGAGAGAGAGAGACAGAGACGGGUAGACACAGGCAGAGACAGGCCAGGUUAUAAUAGGCCAACUCAGUCCCACACACUCUCAAAAAACAUCACUUGAUUUGAGGAGCACCUGUGCUUCUUCACAGGGGGUAUACCUAUCUUUGUAACAAAGCCAUAUUCCUACUGAAAAGAUGGGCAUCAUUAAGGAAUUCCAGUGUCCCUCAAGUAAAGUAACAGCAUCUCACAUUUAUGAUGCUCUUUACUUGUAGUCUGACAACAGUCCUUUGAAGAGGCAGUGUAACCACUCUGGGAGGUUCCUGCAUUCCUUCGUCACAUUCUCUCCAAGCACCUCUGUGGGGCAGGCACUUUUAUAGGUGUCGGGCAUAAGCAGUGAACACAGCAGACUAGUCCCUGCAUCCUCAGGGCUCAUACCCUUCCUUAAACAUACAAGGAGCUGAAACCCCUAAAAGGUAGGGUCUUCCUCUAAUCUUCCAGGUCAUAAGUGCCAGAACCAGAUUGUCUAGAUCAGAAACCCUUCAUCCGAAAUCCAUGUUGAGUGUUGAUAUGACACUGUUGCUCUAGUGGCCAUCCAUGGCCCCUAAAUUAGUCUCCCUGAUAUUAUGAAUAAGCAAGAUCAUACCCUUUCUUUCUAUGGAAUGGUCUAUAUUAAAUGUUUGUCAGAUCCUCAAAGGAACAACUUUUAAAAAGCUGUGUCAUACAUUAGGCUCUUUGUAACCCAGCACUAAAUUGUUGUCACCAUUAUCUUGCCAUAAACAUAAAAUGGAGUGAUUCAAUAUUCUAGGCAAAAACUGUCACCUUAAGUGACAGAUAAUGAUACGUAUUUUCUCUCCAUUGCCAAGUAGCCAUGUGAUUCCUGUCGCCUUCCUUCUUCCAAGCAGAUCCCCCAGCAGCCUGCUUCCUUCUGACCAGGGCAGACCCCAGACGCGGCCAGUCUGCUCUGGGCCUGGGCCUGCUGGCUGUCACUGGUCAGGUGAUGGGCACAUGAUGUCAGUGAGUGCAGGGAGGGAACAGGGCAGACCUAACUCUAUCCUCCCGUAUGUGUCCAAAGAGGCCCAAGGGUAGUCAGCCUUCACACAGAGCCAAAAUGCAGAGGUGGGAAGACCCCGGGCUCCUGACCACGGUGGUCGAACUGCCCACCUCCUGUGGGCUUCUGUUAGGUGAGGGGGGUGUCCCUUGUGUAAACAGUUUGAGUGACUAUUUCUAUUACUUGCACACAAAUCUGACCCUGGACGAAAGGUUUUGUUUUGUUUUAAUGUGUGAGAAAGCUUUCAUUCACCCCAAGGAAAUCUACUCUUUGUACAACAGUGUGAUACCCCACCCCCAGCAGCUCCUAGAGGACUUGUCAGAAAUGCACAUUCUCAAGUGCUGCCUAAGAACUACUGAUAAUUUAGGUCUCAGCUCUUAUCCUCAAGGUGGUUCUGAAGCCUUGAGAAACCCCACCAUACUGCCUAUCAGACUCAGAGGCCCCAGCAGCACACAGCCAUUACUUCCACUUACAAAUGACUAUGAAGAGAAACCCCAAAGGCUCGAGGUUCUAAUGGACAACCAAUUGAUAGGUCGUAAUGUGAUAAAGCUGUGGUUCCUCUUGCAACUUUUGCAAAUUAAUCAAGAAAUAUUUAGAAAAAUGUGAAGUCAUCCAGGUGUUCCUAGAAGCAUUUCCACUUAAUACACAUUUCAGUAACCAUCUUGUGCUGCUUCUAAGAUGUGAAUUACAAGUUCUACCCUCUAGGAAUAAGAGACAUGACUGCAUCUUCCACACCACAGACACAAACCCUCACCUGCCAAGGGCAGCUUUACAGCCUACACACUUACUUUAUUCCUUCAGUGACGACCCACUUGUCUGGGUGUGUAUGCUGUGCCGGGGACAGAUGCCACAUGCUCAUGUUACAAAGCAUAGGACUUGUGCUGAUAAUGAGCUCUCUGCCAGGAAAAUCCACACAAGUGGAUGAAUAGACCAUUACAGUUCACUGGCGUAAGGACUGAAAUAAAGUGUGGACAAGGAAAUGUACCUUUUAAUCAAUCAUCUUCUCCCCAAGUACACUGAUCUAUUUGGGGUCCCUUGCUCCUGGCAGCAGGAAGCCAGAGCUUGAUGUCAUGAUCCUGACUCAAGAGUGAUGCAGAGGCAGGCCCAAUCAGGCCAUCCAAGGCAGCAGCCUGUGGUGGUGGGGAUAAUGGCACCCAGUGGGAGGGC